AUGGUAAACACAAAAAUGACCACAAUAGAUAAGAAAAUGUAUGCAGCUUAUCAGAGGGCAAACUGA